AUGCCUUCACAUGCUAAAUUUCUUAAAGAUAUUUUGUCAAGUAAACAAAAAUUAGAAGAAGUCUCUGUCGUUAAGCUUACAGAAAAUUGGAAUGAUAUACUUCAAAAUAAGCUUCCACGGAAACUUGGGGAUCUAGGUAGUUUCAUCAUUCCUUGCACUUUGGGAGGUGUUCGUUUUGAAAAAACAUUAUGUGAUUCAGGUGCUUCAAUAAAUCCAAUUCCUUUUUCAAUUUUUAGAAAAUUAAAACUUGGUGAAAUAAAGGACAUUAGUAUGUCUCUUCAAUUGGCUAAUCAGAGUACUAAAAAACCGAAAGGAAUUAUUGAAAAUGUCCUUGUUAGAGUUGACAAAUUUGUAUUUCCGGUAGAUUUUAUAGUACUUGAAAUGGAGGAAAAUAGUGAGGUACCAUUGAUUUUGGGUAGACCAUUUCUCGCAACAGGAAGAACAAUUAUUGAUGUCCAUCAAGGACAAUUGAUACUACUAGUUGUUGAUGAAAGAGUGAUAUUUGGCAUGCAGAAAAUAAUGAAAUUUCCUGAGGAUGAGUCAUCAUCUUCUUGUUUUACUAUUGACUUGCUAAAUGAGCUUGCAGAUGAAUACAAAGAUGAUCAGUUAAUAACUGAUUCAUUAGAAAGAUGUGUGGGCAAUUCAGGUACCACAAGUGAUGAUGACCCAAUAAUAAAAGAAGAAGCUGAAACACUGGAGAAAGAUUCAUAA